AAAAAACAGCCAGAAAGCACACGGAAAACGUAGAGUCGCGAACGACUUUACCACGAUCUACCCCGUGGAGAGGCAAGGGACAAACGAUCGGCCGCCGGUUCACGCCAGUUGGUCGAAGCAAACUGCACCGAUGAGUCGCCCGACGGCGACCUCCAGUUUGUCCCCUCCCUCCUCUGCGCGUCCGUCUGUGUGAGCACGCUCGACCUGGGUGUGUGCAGUGGCUUGGAUAAGCAAGCCAACGCCUUCGUUUCUUGCACCCCAUAGAUCGCUUGGCCUGGAGUAGCUGUUUCCCUGGGUGAUCGGUCGAAUGGAGACGCAGCAGCAGCAGCGCCGGCACCAGCUCCGGACGCCCAUGGACCCGCUCGUCUCCCUCGCCGCGAGCCUCCUCUCGGCCUUCUCCCCGUCGCCGUCGUCGACCACCGAGCGGGGCGCCACCACCUCCACGAUACUCCUCCUGCCGCUCCCGGUGGCCGCAGCGCGCGCGCUGUCCGUGCUCCGCAGGCUCGCGCUGCUCGCCACGCAGGCCUUCAUCUCCCUCUUCUUCGCGUUCCUCUCCGCGCUCUCGCCCCCGCCCCCGCCGCCGCCCCCCUCGCUCGCGCCCUCGCUGCCGCCGCCGCUGCGCGGGGACCGCGCGGGCGCGGGGGGCACCGCCGCGGCGCCGUCCACCUGCGUGGAGCGCGCGCUGGGGCACGUGCUCUGGGUGGCGUCCCGGCUCCCCGUGGCCUCCCGCAAGUACGAGCUCGUGCGCGGGCUCGCCGAGCGGCUGCUCGACGAGAACAACGUGGGCGCGCGGGUCGCCGCCGUGACCCGCGCCGCGCUGGCCGGGGCGUUCGAGCGCACGCUGCGGCAGCUGGAGGCGUCGGCGGGCGGCGAGUGGGGGCCGCCCGGGAUGGAGCUGGCCGUGCGCGCGGUCAGGUCGGGGGUGCGGUGGUGGAGGCCCACCGUGGCCGCGCUGGAAGGCAACGACGCGUUCGGCGGCCCCGCGGCCGAGAAGCUCGCCGCCGAGCUGCUGUGGCUCGGGCAGAAGAUGGCCGAGUGCGGCGCCGCACGCGAGGCCACCGUGCAGUUCGGCGCCGCGUCGCGCCUCGGCAGCCGCGCGCUCGUCGCCGAGCCCACGCUCCAGGUCGCGCUGCUCCGGCUGGCUGUGUUCCUGUUCAGGCACGCCAACUCGGCGGAGUUCGAGCAGGAGGAGGGCAAGGCGGCCGUGGCGGAGCAGCGGAUGGCGAUGCUGCGGUCGUGGCUGCCGCUGCUCUGCCGCGGCAGCAACGGGACGGACGCGCCGGUGCUGAGCGGCAGGGAGAGGGCGGAGAUGGUGACGGUGCUGGAGGAGCUGAUCGAGAAGCUGCGGUGGGAGCAGCAGGAGGAGGCCCUGGCGCUGUGGCUGCACCACUUCGCCGCCUGCCCGGACACCGACUGGCCCAACCUUGAGCGCUGCUACACGCGAUGGUACGCCGAGUCGCGCAAGCUCCUCGCUUGACCAGCAGCGGCACGUACGUGGAGCAUUUUUGGCUGAUGCUCAAGUGUGUGUGCACUCGAUCGAGCAACUUGCUGGUAAUAGUGUAUGUAAGUUCAGUACUACAACAGAGUGGGAAGUUCACAUGUUAUGCUAUUGUAAUCUGCAUUUAUUUAUUUUUUGGCUCUGGAGUCAGGACUCUGUUCAUGCA